AUGUAUGUGAAAUGGUUUGACACAGUAAUGUUUUACUAUGUGAUUUUAGUGAAUGUUACUUUUUGUCAUUUUCAAACUUCCCACCGUACCGUCCCCGUACGUCCCGACGCUUGCAGGGGACAGAACCCAGAUGACAGAUGCCGGCAUCCGCCGGAGGACAUUGCCAAGGACACCGCAGGAGGGACAUCGCGGGAGCGCAGGACAAGGUAAGAGAAGAACAGAUCCCAGAGCAGCGCCGCAUGGUAUUCCCGAGUAUAGCUCGGGAUUACAGCUUGUGCUACACUCGGGAAUACCGCCAGGGAGGUUA